GAUGAGAGAUGGCAAUAGAAAACAAACCUGGGGACGAAUUUCACACCGUUUUCGGUCAAAAUGACUCCUUAGAGCUGUCCUCUCAACACGAUUAUGAGACUAAACAAGCUCGGAUUUUUAAGAUAAUAGUGAUAGGAGACUCAAAUGUGGGGAAGACGUGUUUGACUUACAGAUUCUGCGGGGGCACUUUCCUGAAAAACCCGGAGGCAACGAUCGGGGUCGAUUUCAGAGAGAGGACGCUGGAGCUCGAUGGGGAGAGUAUCAAGCUGCAGAUCUGGGACACGGCAGGUCAGGAGCGUUUCCGGAAGAGCAUGGUGGAGCACUACUACCGUAGCGUCCAUGCCGUCAUCUUCGUGUACGACGUGACCAGCCUCUCCUCCUUCGAGAGCAUCCCCGAGUGGAUCGAGGAGUGCAGCCGACACUGCGUGGGGCCCCUGGUGCCCCGCAUCAUGGUCGGCAACAAGUGCGACCUGAGGGACCGCCGGGUCGUCCCCACCUCGGCUGCGCAGUGUCUCGCUGACAGCUACAACUUCCCACUGUUUGAGACGUCGGCCAAGGAGCCUGCAGAGAAAGAACAUGUCGACGCCAUAUUUCUGACUUUGGCUUAUAGACUGAAGAGCCACAAACCGCUGAGACUGAAGCAGCCGAGCGAGAGCAACCUGAGGCAACUGUGGAGCCAGAGGGAGCAGGAAGCAGGAAUAUGUCAAUGCUGAGGUCACCCUCGCUCAGUAUGGAUGAUUCACAGCCUUCAGAAUCAAUAAUGGUGCUGAGGAAAGCAGCGUUUCUUUGCAACGCUGAGACUGAAAUCAGAAAGGUGAAAUUCAGAAGGUAGAAAAUAGAGAAGUGUACCAUGGUUUUACAUUUUCCCUGCCUGAUGCAAGGCACAGCUUGUGACAGUAUGGGCCUUUAAGUUUGCACAAUAUUAAAUCAACAUUUCAAUGAAAUGCAUGAAUGAAAAUGGAGGUAUGCCAAACAUUUGUAGCCUAAAUUGCACAUAAAAUCACUUUGUGGAAAAAAAAAACAAAAAAACAACAGAGCAUUGCAGAAUGCACUUUAAUGCGUAGACAAAUUAUAUGCAAUCAGCCGUCUAGUAGCACUCCAACAUAUCUACAGUAUUCAAAACAUACAGUGAAUUAUGGAACGAAUUAGAUUUCAGUGUACGUAGAGGGACCAAAAAGGUUAACUGAAACUGUGAAUAAAAAAGUGCAAUCAUUUUCUUUGAGUUAUGUUUUAAAGUGAUAUUUCAGUUCUUAAAAAAUGUCAAAUGCAGACUGAGUUUUGUUGCUGUUGCUGAACGUGUAUUUCUCAAAUAUUAAUACGAACAUAACCAGCUUUGUGUCAGCUCAUUCGCCUACACAUUUCUUUGGAGAGAGCUCACCAGUGAAAAAAAUGUCUUCUGGGACAAAAUGCAAAUCUACAUAUUUCACUUGAAAACAAUGAGUGAAGACAUGCUGCUCAGCUGCGUUUGAAAAUUGUAAUGCUGGAAGGUACUGAUGGUAUGAUAUAAAGUCACAACUGACUGAUUUUGCAUGUGUACAGUAAUGCAAACACUUUUCAACAGUAUGGAGAUUUGUGAGAAUGUUGUGCUGCAAAUCAAUAAAAGUGGUU